CACGAUGGCUCAGGUUCCAAAAAAGCACCUCCAUAAUCCAUCUGGAAUUCAAAGUGCUCUCCGCUCCGACCAUUUAUACUAACUUACAAGAAACUGAUUUCAAGAUCCCAAAUCGAAACUGCAAAAGAAAAUGGAAGCUUGAUUAGAUUUGGAAGCAACCUAAAAAGAUAGAUGGAGAGGUCUUUUUCGUUGAGUCGACUACUGCUCGUUACUCUCUUUCUUGCAGCUACAAGAGCAGCAGCUUCAAGACCUGGGUUUCUCUUCACAAGAGCCAGAGGAAGAUGCACUCCACAGUACUGGAGCAGCAGGAGAGAGGAUUGGCCAAGGAUGGUCCCACAGACGUCGACGGUAUCGAACGUGUUUGGGUCGAGAACGUUUGAGCGGUACAGAUCUGGAUUGACGUUGUUAGAAUCAACGGGUAGGAACGAUGAUGAGAAUGCGUUCGCUGGGUUGUUAAAGCAGGGGAGUGCAGCCCUUCUCAACUCUUAUGCUAGAAAGGGGUUUCCAUAUGCAGCUUGGGAAGUGAAGACUCUGUUUAUACAAGCAUUGGUCUCGGAGGAGGCUGCAGCCAGACAAGCCAAAUUCUUCUCUAUUGCCAAUGAGGCUUGUAACUAGUUAGCUAGUGGCUACAUGCCUCCAAUACCAAUUCUAGUUUUCCUUUUUGGUGUUGUCUUGGAAUUUUCUUUUCUGUAUUCUGUCUAUAACUGCAUAGGAGCUUGCUUAUUUUACAUAUGCUAUGGAUUUUAUAUACUUAUGCCAAUGAGAUUUUGACUUA